CCAAAAAUCUCAGAGUUCAUGGGGGUAUUACCAAAGCAUUUUGCAUUUCCCUCUCUCUCUCUCUCGCUCUCGCUCUUUCUUCCAUGGCCAUCUCAGAAUCUCAGACCCGUUCCUCUCUGAUUCCUACUUUCCUCUACUCGUCUUCGGCCAUUCCGUUCCAGAAGAUGCUUCGCUCCAAUGAUCCUUGUGUAUCGCCGUCGCCAUCGCCAUCUCCGAUUGUCGAAUCUACACCGAGAAAGGCCUUCGCGAUUCCGUCUCCGAGUGAACCGAGAAAGAAACUGGAGAUGUAUUCGCCGGCUUUCUACGCUGCCUGUGCCGUCGGUGGAAGCCUCAGUUGUGGUCUCACUCACACGGCCGUCACUCCUCUCGAUCUCAUUAAGUGCAAUAUGCAGAUUGACCCUGUGAAAUACAAGAGCAUUUCAUCAGGUUUUGGAGUUCUUUUAAAGGAGCAAGGAAUCAGGGGCUUCUUCAGGGGUUGGGCGCCAACUUUUCUGGGUUACAGUGCUCAGGGUGCUUGCAAGUAUGGUAUCUAUGAAUUCUUUAAGAAAUACUAUUCCGACAUAGCUGGUCCAGAGUAUGCAGCAAAAUACAAGACCUUGAUCUAUCUUGCUGGCUCUGCAUCUGCUGAAGUGAUUGCAGAUGUUGCACUUUGCCCAUUUGAAGCUGUUAAAGUUAGAGUUCAAACUCAGCCUGGUUUUGCUAGAGGUCUGUCUGAUGGCCUUCCCAAAUUCGUCAGAUCUGAAGGUGCCCUUGGGUUGUACAAGGGUAUUGUUCCUCUAUGGGGGCGUCAGAUCCCAUAUACAAUGAUGAAAUUUGCAACAUUUGAGAAUCUCGUGGAGCUCAUCUACAAGCAUGUCAUUCCCAAGCCAAAGAACGAAUGCAGCAGCGCCUUGCAGCUGGGCGUCAGCUUUGCUGGUGGAUAUAUUGCGGGAGUUUCUUGUGCUAUAGUUUCUCACCCUGCAGACAAUCUGGUCUCUUUUCUCAACAAUGCUAAAGGGGCUACCGUUGGUGACGCUGUGAAGAAGCUUGGAGUAUGGGGCCUCUUUACACGAGGGCUGCCUCUACGCAUAGUCAUGAUUGGAACCCUCACUGGAGCUCAGUGGGUUAUCUACGACGCAUUCAAAGUUUUUGUCGGAUUGCCAACUACCGGUGGGGUUGCCCCUGCCCCCGCCGCCGCCAUUGAACUUCCAAGUGCGUAGGGUGCUAGAGUGAAUCAUUAGCGCUGCCAACAUUUGUUACUGUAGAAAUGAUAAUAAUAAAAAUUAUAAAAUUAGAGGUGUAUAGAUUAAUUAGGUGAGUCCUACUUCUAUUUUUAGGAGAUGAUUUGGUUUUCUUAGGCAAUCUCUAAGAAUGUAUUUCUAAAUUUUCGUAAAUGGCAAGUGUUGAAAGGGAUA